UUAUUUGCACUCCUUACAUGGGUUGUCUUUACUCUUUUUGGAGUUACUUUAACUCUGAAAAUGAAGUAAAUAUUUUAGGUACAGGAUAACUCUUUUGGGGGGGUUAUUUUAACUCCUCAAUAUCUGGGGUUGUUUUUACUUCUGAAAAAGAGUUCUUUAAACUCCUUUUGGAGUUAAAAUAACUCCCCAAAAAUAACUCCACUGUAAGGAGUUAAAUUAACCCACUAGAGGAGUUAUUAUAACUUCUUGAAAAUUACUGUGUGCAGAUGGCCACCCAUAACGCAAAGCGCUCGAUCUCGACGAUCUUACAGAAAAGUAGGGGAUUGUGAACAGUCUAGCGGGAAAACAAGCUCCUGUUAUGAUCUUUUUAACUUCUGGCCGAAAAAACAGAUAACAAAGGUGGAAGAGACGCGGGAUGGAAUUUGUAGUAAUGUUGAUUUUUAAGUGCGCUUUUUCAGUUUUUGUACAUGUCAGUACGAAUUCUGUCGAACUGUCCAGUGUUAAACAAUUUCCACUAUAAACAGUAAUUAUCGGACACCAUGACCGACCAUUCAUUGCAGUAGUUGUUGAGCUGACAAUGGGCACGGUUGAGCUGCCUUUGUUUCAAGCCUUGGUUUCCGCACAAUGUAAAUCUUAAUACGUGCAUUUCUUUUCAUAAUUAUUUGCAUCAUUUAAACCUUAAUACACAUUAAACGUAAUUUGCACAAGCCAAACAAAAUGCAGGUUAUGAUACUUUGCAUUUUUCUUUUUUAAGAUUUUUCAUUUCUAACCGAAAUUGUGGAAAAGAUUCGUCAACUGUACGAAACACGUGAACAACGCCUCCUGCCCGCUCCUUGGUGUGAAGAUUUCAGUUUUCAUCUGGAUGAAAUUUUUACCAGGUUGAAGAUCGUGAGCAAAGAAAAAACCCGAGGAGUACUUACUGACGAUAUUACCGAUAUGACUGCAAUCUUUAAACCGCACGUAGAAUGCCAAAGACCGCGAACAGUCUUGAUUGAAGGAGACCCUGGCAUUGGUAAAAGCACGUACUGUCAGAAGCUAGCGUAUGAUUGGGCAACUAAGCAGAAGGAGUUGGACCCCUCUUUUCCAGACAUUGACGUGCUAUUACUUCUGAAAUGUCAUGAAGUGAAAUCUAGCAUCUGGAAAGCUGUUGAUGAUCAAAUUCUUCCUGCGGAAAUUGACGAUCAAGCUAAAGAAUGUUUCUUCAAAUUCGUUCGUGAAAAUCAGUCGAAAGUUCUCUUAGUACUUGAUGGAUUAGAUGAAAUGGCCUCCACUGAAAUGAAAAGAAUCUAUGACUUGGUUGAGGGUAAAGAACUGUCAGGUUGUCACGUUAUACUCACAUCUCGUCAUGAGGUAGGGAGGAAACUUAGGAGGUAUUGUGACACUUUGUGGGAGAUUGUAGGUUUCACCUCAGGAGAUGCAAAUAGUUUUAUUCGUAGGUACUUUCAAAGCAUCAAAAGGGAGGACUUACUGGAGAAUUUGCUACAAAAGAUUCGGUAUUCGCAUGAGUUAAGAAACUUGUCCAAAAAUCCCUUGAACGUAACCUUGCUUUGUGUUCUUUGUGAAGAUUUAGAGGGCGUUUUUCCAACGAGCAGGACUGAAUUGUACACUGAGAUUGUCCAAUGUGUGUUAAGGCGAUAUGAAAAAAAGCAAAGAUUGUCGAGCAAACGUGACAACCUUAUGAACAUCUACAGGGACGAUCUGGUAAAUCUGGGACGAGUGGCGUUACACUCUGUUCGAAAAGGAGAGCUAUAUUUUGAAGAACACGAAUCUGGAAGUUCCUCCAUUGCUUUAUCGAAGUUUGGAUUUCUUUCACUCCAGGCUAGUGGCUGCAAGAGGAAAGCUGUUGUGCGUUAUGCAUUUCUCCACAAAAGCUUCCAAGAGUUCUUUUCUGGAUUUUAUCUUGCUUGCCAAAUUCUUGACGGAGGUAUUGACUGUGUCUCAGUAGUAAACGACAAGAGAUUCAAAGACGAACUAAAACAAGUCUUUUUAUUCAUGAUUGGAAUUUUAGCCUCAACGAGUAAGGAGACAGCAGAGUCUGUUAUUAGAAUUAUGGCUGAAAAUAUAAAUUCAGUAGAUCCCGAUUGUGAUAAAGACAUUAGGGGUUUAUUUCAUUUAGCUUUCGGCUGCAUUUUAGAGUGCACAAGUUUAUCUCGUACACUAGGGUUACACCUUCACAUAAGUAAUUUAGAUUUGUGUGGGGUCAGCAUUCGUGGUUCUGGUGCUGCUGCUCUUUCCAAGAUUCUUUCAGCCAACUCCUCCGUAACUAGUUUGAAUUUGUGUCUCAAGCAGAUUGGAGAUUCUGAUGCUGAUUCCCUUUCCCAGGCUCUUGCGACCAACUCCUCCUUAACUAGUUUGAAUUUGAGUCGGAACAGUAUUGGUGAUUCUGGUGCUGCUUCCCUUUCCCAGGCUCUUGCAGUCAACUCCUCCUUAACUAGUUUGAAUUUGAGUCGGAACAGUAUUGGUGAUUCUGGUGCUACUUUCCUUUCCCAGGCUCUUGCAGUCAACUCCUCCUUAACUAGUUUGGAUUUGACUAGAACCAGUAUUUGUGCUUCUGGCGCUACUUCCCUUUUCCAGGCUCUUGCAGCCAACUCCUCCUUAACUAGUUUGAAUUUGUGUUUGAACGGUACUGGUGAUUCUGCUGCUAUUUACCUUUACCAGGCUCUUGCGACCAACUCCUCCUUAACUAGUUUGAAUUCGUAUUACAACAGUAUUGGUGCUUCUGCUGCUACUUCCCUUUCCCAGGCUCUUGCAGUCAACUCCUCCUUAACUAGUUUGAAUUUGGGUUGUAACGGUAUUGGUGAUUCUGGUGCUACUUCCCUUUCCCAGGCUCUUGCAGUGAACUCCUCCUUAACUAGUUUGAAUUUGAGUGUGAACAGUAUUGGUGCUUCUGGUGCUACUUCCCUUUCCCAGGCUCUUGCAGUCAACACCUCCUUAACUAGUUUGGAUUUGUCUAGGAACGGUAUUCGUGAUUCUGGUGCUACUUCCCUUUCCCAGGCUCUUGCAGUCAACUCGUCCUUAACUAGUUUGGAUUUGAGUGGGAACAGUAUUGGUGAUUCUGGUGCUACUUCCCUUUCCCAGGCUCUUGCAGUCAACUCCUCCUUAACUAGUUUGGAUUUGAGUGAGAACAGUAUUGGUGCUUCUGGUGCUACUUCCCUUUCCCAGGCUCUUGCAGUCAACUCCUCCUUAACUAGUUUGAAUUUGAGUGGGAACAAUAUUGGUGCUUCUGGUGCUACUUCCCUUUCCCA